AUGUCUCGUGACCAAAUGUCGACAGAACAGCUCUUACCAUCGGCUGCAGUGGCAAACGAACGAGGAUUUCAUAUUCGCAACCCGACAAGCGGAUGUCUCAGUUUUCUUCAUGACUCUACCACACAUAUACCCUUUCGCGAUAUCUUGUGGAGCACAGGUGACGGAGCUACACGGCAUAUCACGUAUGCAGCUAGACGUGGACACAAAAUCCAGAUUGAAUCCACCGACGUGAUAGUCCCUGAAGGAAUGGACGUGAUGGCACUCGCAUAUCCACAUAGUAAGCCAGCGCCUAAUAUCCUUGUGGUUGUGAAUAACUUUGGGGGCCAGGGCCGUGCUGGGGAGCGGUAUCGGCAACACAUUUUACCUGUAUUGCGUGCAGCACGAGCCACCGUCACAUACAUGGAGACGCAGUAUGCGCGCCACGCAGUGGACAUUGGGCGCGAGCUAGACAUUGCGCGCUAUGACAUGGUUGUAUGCUGCCUGGGUGACGGCGUGCCUCACGAAAUCAUAAACGGUUUUUGGGAGCGCGAGGACCGUGCCACUGCCUUUGACAAGGUGGCCGUGACGCAGCUUCCGUGCGGAUCGGGCAAUGCGCUUCUGUUGAGCACACACGGCAGUAACGAUGCGACGAAGGCAGCCCUCAGUAUGCUCAAGGCGCGUCGGAGCAAAAUUGAUGUCAUGUCUGUGACCCAAGGCACACGCACACGCUUGUCAUUUUUGUCUCAGGCAUAUGGUGUGAUAGCCGAUCUGGACAUCGGAACCGAGCACUUGCGGUGGAUGGGGCCUGUUCGCUUCGAACUUGGUGUGGCUCAGCGCUUGAUCAGUAAGAAAAAGUACCCGUGUGAAUUGUAUGUCAAGUACGCUGCCCGUGGCUCAGAAGUGGCGCGCCAUUUUGAACGGGUUCGCAAAUCCAAUGGAGAAGAGGAAAGCAGCGAAGCGGAACAGUAUGCCGUGGAUUCGAGCAGGAAUGGUGACUCUGUGCCCGAACCGCAAGCCCCUCCUCUCUCAGAUCCCGUACCUGAAGAUUGGGAAAAAGUCCCCGCUGCAAACUUGAGCAUAUUUUACGUGGGAAAAAUGCCUUACAUGCUGAGCGAUGCACAAUUCUUCCCUGCAGCUUUACCCCGUGAUGGACUAAUGGACUUGGUCAUUACCACAACUGACUCGCUGUUCUUGAAAAUGGCCCGUUUGCUCAUGGCUGUAGACUCGGGUGCUCACGUGCAUGCCCCAGAGGUUCACCAUGCCAAGAUUGCUGCAUACCGCUUAAUUCCGCUUGUGGACCCCAAUAAGAAUUAUAUUUCUGUGGAUGGUGAAAGUUUCCCUGUGGAGCCCAUGCAAGUGGAAGUGUUACCAUCGCUUUUGACUGUGUUAUUGCAUGAAGGAGAAUACGUGGAUACAAAUUUUGCUGAGCAAAAGUAG